GUCCGCGCCGAGCCACGCCACAACGCUAGAAUUCCUCCGCCGAAAGGACCGAAGCCUCUUCUUCUCUUCGGGCCUUCCGCUAAGUCUCGCCCCCUCUUAUUCUUUCUCUCGGAGAGUUCCGAGUCUGCCUCCGGCUGAACUCUUUCUGGAUCCGCGGAACGAAGAAGAAGAAGAAGAAGAAGAAGAAGAAGAAGGUAAAGGGUGUACCCAGAAGGAAGAGAAGGAACAACCGAAUGAACGGUACCCUCUCCAGGGUUGGUAGGGGAAGACGAAGCAGAGGAACCGAGAGAAAAACAGGAGGAGGUAGAGAAAAGAAGGAGGUGGUGGUAAGAGAGCGAGCCGAGCGCUUCGCUCGCUCGCUCGCGCGGUCGCGCGUCGCACGAGGACUGUUGCGCGGUCACGAGGGACCCUACCGGUGUCUCUCGGAGCUUUGGGGGCCAGCCGCGCCACCGCCGGAGAGCCCGACGAGAGCGGCGCAAGGAUACAGGCGCGAGAGAGAGAGAGAGAGAGAGAGAAACAAGGAGGGAGAAAACGGAGAGAGACGGAACUUCUUCUCCGCUGCCUUCGGGCCUCGAGCCUCGUGUCCGCCCUGUCUGUGUGUUAGGUUGCGAUCAGGAGGACGGGCCAACCGACUGUCUGGCCCUUCGGUGACUCGCACCGACCACGAAGACGACCGCGAAGAGACUCGAGAGACGUCGUGUGCCGCAUUUUUCUAUCUCUUUCUCUCUGUUGGGGACCAGGAUUCAGGUGAGGCGAAGAACCUCCUGGGGACCAUCCUCGUCGUCAAGGUCAAGACGCGAGGGAGGAGGGGGAGGAGGAAGUGGAGGAGAGGAGGAGGACGACAUGAUGCGGCCCAGGGCCGCAAACAUGUCAACAAUUAUCUCGCUCGUCCUGAGGAACCUGGUUCUUGCCCUACUGGUGCUCGCCGCCACGUGGAUACCGGUCUCCGAGGCUGUGAUAUGCAAGGACUCGUACAAAUGCAAUUGUACCGGAGUAAAAGGGCAGCCAGGAUUUCUUGGAAUAACUGGACCCCAAGGAACAGAAGGGCUCCCGGGUGACAUCGGACCCGAUGGACCCCUCGGGCCCAAGGGCGAAAAGGGGGCUGGGGGAGAAUAUGGGGGUACCGGCGAGAAAGGGCAUCGAGGUGACGAGGGUAUACGAGGAUUUGUGGGAGCUCCCGGACUUUCCGGGAAUCCUGGAGUACCUGGUGUAGUGGGUCCGGAUGGACUGGACGGAUGCAACGGCACGGAUGGCGGUGCAGGUGCACCAGGUAGACCGGGAGUUUUCGGGCCGCGCGGAACGACAGGACCCCUGGGAGAUUAUGGUCCCCCAGGAGAACCUGGUGAUGGAGGCAUCAACUCGGUCGGCGCCAAGGGCAUUCGCGGGAAUCCCGGUAUCAACGGACUGGAAGGUUAUCGAGGAUCCCAGGGUUUCACUGGUGAAGUUGGUUAUCCAGGAGAGACGGGCGACUUCGGUUUACCAGGUGCCUCUGGAUUGCCUGGUAUGCAAGGUGACCGAGGUGACACCGUUUACGGUGUGAAGGGUCAACUUGGUGAACAAGGAGACAGAGGAGAGCCUGGUUCACCGGGUAAGGACGAGUACAAAAAGAAGGAAAAAUCGACACCCGUGAAAGGUCCGGCAGGGCAAAAGGGCAUGAAGGGCGACUACGGCGGGCGAGGUUACAAGGGAGAGAUGGGUGCCAAAGGUCCACAGGGUCGACCAGGUUUCUUGGGCAUCAAAGGCGUGAAGGGCGAGCAGGGUGGCGAUGGACCAAGAGGUAAACAGGGUGUCGAUGGUCCACCAGGUCCGGCUGGCGAGAAGGGAGAGAAAGGAGCUCCAGGAUACGCAGGAUUGCCUGGUCGGGAUGGUUUAGAUGGUGAAUCAGGAGAGGAAGGUAAUCGUGGUCCACCUGGCAGACAAGGCGCCGAAGGAGAACCUGGACUAUAUAUUCCAGAACUUGAUGAAAUAAUCGCCGGAAAUAUCGGAAUUCAAGGAGAUCUUGGUCCUCUUGGUGAAGCUGGUGAAACAGGAACACCAGGUUUGCCAGGAAAGGUCGGUUUCAUAGGACCGCCAGGACUACCAGGACCACCUGGUAUUCCUGGUUUAGGUGGAGCGAAGGGUUCAUCUAUAAAAGGAGAACAAGGAGACGAUGGCUUACCGGGAUCCAUGGGACCUCAAGGACCUCCCGGACCACCCGGUUCACCCGGAAUUAUAGGAGCUAAAGGCUUUCCAGGCAUAACGAUAGUUGGACCGCCAGGACCAGACGGUACUUCGGGCCUUCCAGGAUUGUCUGGUCCCCCUGGCGAUCGCGGUGAUCCUGGUCCUCCAGGAGAGAAAGGUUUUCCUGGGAAAGGUAUAAGAAUUCGUGGACCACCUGGAGAACGAGGUCUGCCCGGAACGCCAGGUAUUCCUGGUCCCGAUGGCUGGCCUGGCUUAUCCGGGGCUAAAGGUUUCAAAGGUAUUCGAGGAGAUGACUGCGGCGUAUGUGCACCAGGUCUACCCGGUGAGAAAGGAGAACGCGGUGAAUCUGGCUUGGACGGGUAUCCUGGAGCUUCGGGAUUUCCUGGAUUACCCGGUCCUCGGGGAUUCAAGGGAAUACAAGGAAAACGAGGUUUAGUCGGACCGGCAGGACUUGAAGGUGAUAGCGGAAGAUCCGGUAUUGCAGGCGCACAAGGACCCAAAGGAGAAGCGGGAAUAAUAUAUUUCCCGCCAGACGAACAGUUCCUGAGUCCGUCCGGUGACUUUGGAGAAAAAGGCUUACCCGGUCCCGAAGGACUCAGGGGUCCGCGAGGACAACCGGGACCUAUCGGUGACACGGGUGUACCGGGACCAAAAGGAGAAAAGGGUGAACAUGGCCAUCCUGGAUUAUCGGGAAGAGAUGGUUUACCGGGAUGGGACGGCGUUCCUGGUGAAAAAGGUGACGAUGCUUCGGUACCGAUCGAAUUUUUACGCGGAGAUCCAGGAUAUUCGGGAGAAUUUGGAAUCAAAGGAAUACAAGGAGACAAAGGGCUCAAGGGAGAACCUGGCGAGUCCGCGGAAUACGUCGCGGACAGUAAAGGUGACAAGGGUUAUAAAGGUGCCAGAGGAUCUCCCGGAGAGACCGGUUUUAAAGGGUUCCAAGGACAUCCCGGUGACGAAGGUUUACUAGGAUUACCUGGUGAACCCGGUUUCCCAGGUAUAUCACGGCAAGGUGCUGGAGGUUUGAAAGGUUAUCCCGGAAUGCCGGGAGAGCAAGGACUUCGUGGCACACCAGGCUCACCUGGAUCGCAAGGACCUGUUGGUUUUCCAGGUCGCGUUGGCAACAAAGGUGAUCGAGGAGAUCCAGGCACAAAUCUAACUUAUGGUGAAAUUGGAGAACGGGGAUGGUACGGUCCAAAAGGUGACUUUGGUGAUCCUGGUCCUCAAGGAUUACCUGGCCGACCAGGAGAGGAUGGUCCAAAGGGUGUCAUUGGAGCUAAAGGAGCACCCGGUUAUGAGGGACUUCCUGGACUUGAAGGAGCCAAAGGUGUACAUGGAGAUACUAUACAAGGUGACCGAGGUUUUCCGGGUACACCUGGUCAGCCUGGAAUGCCUGGAAGAAUCGGAGACAUCGGUAUCCGUGGCCCUGAUGGUCCUUCCGGUUUUGAUGGAAUGAAGGGCUUGAAAGGAGAGAUCGGUUUUAUCGGACGACGCGGUGACGAUGGUGACACAGGACCUCAGGGAUAUCAAGGAAUGUACGGGCUACCGGGUCUACCGGGUGCUCCAGGAGAAAAGGGAGAUGUCGGCGAGAUUGGCGACCCGGGACCAGUCGGCUGGCCAGGUUUCGAUGGUAUAGACGGAGCAUUCGGUCCUAAAGGAGAAGCGGGAGACAUCGGAAUUCCCGGAGCACCAGGAGUGAGAGGAUUACCUGGACCCCAAGGCGUUAUUGGCGACAACGGUCUCGAAGGACUGUGGGGUGCUCCUGGUGAAAACUCGUUCAGUGGUCCUCAAGGUGACAUCGGUGAACCUGGUUUUAUGGGAGAAGUUGGACCAUUCGGUCUGGCUGGAUUUGAUGGACGACCAGGAUUACCAGGAGAACCCGGAUUAGCGACUGAUGGUUUUAAUGGUUUGCCAGGACAGAAGGGCGAACCUGGCUUCGAUGGAUACGAUGGCACCGUGGGACCAAAAGGAGAAAUUGGUGACAUGGGUCCUGAUGGAUUGAAAGGUGAACGAGGCGAUCAAGGUUUCUCCGGAAGACCAGGUUUACCUGGUAUAUCCGGUAAACAUGGCGUGAAAGGUGAAUGGGGUCCGAUUGGACCUCCUGGAUUCGAUGGACUGAAGGGAAAACGUGGUCUCGAUGGUGAUCCAGGUCUAAUGGGUAGACCAGGAAUGCCGGGUGAACCGGGUGUGAGAGGUUUCCCGGGUAUUUUGGGUGCUCCUGGACCGAAAGGCCAUGUGGGCGAACCUGGCUUACCUUCUUACUCCUUCGCGGAAAGGGGUGACCACGGUAACCAAGGUCACGAUGGUUUGGCUGGUGUGAAAGGAGAACUAGGUAAUUCAGGAUAUAUCGGAGUGCCCGGCCGUAAAGGUGAAAUUGGAGACAGAGGAUAUCCGGGUUCCGUUGGUUUCCCAGGAUUACCUGGUUUCCCUGGUCUACCGGGUGAUCAAGGACUUCGCGGAGCUCCAGGUCUACCUGGUGAGUUCGCCGAACCCGGUGAAAUUGGUCGCGCUGGUCUGGAUGGUAUGCCUGGUGUCCCAGGUCGUCCUGGACAAAAAGGAGCUCCUGGUGAAUAUGGUCCGAAUGGACCUAAAGGAAUCUCUGGUGACAGGGGCUAUAGCCUUCACGGUCCUAAAGGAAUUACGGGAGAUCCAGGUCCUAGAGGAUUCGUUGGUAUACCAGGCGCACGUUUGGAAGGAUUGCAAGGCUUCCCCGGAGCACCAGGUCCGAAAGGUUUCCGUGGAGAACCAGGAAUAUCCGCGGGUAGCCGGAAAGGACAACCCGGUGAACCUGGAUGGCGUGGAUUAGAUGGUCGAACCGGACCGAAAGGAUUAAAAGGUGACUCCGGUCUACCUGGUUUUGACGGAUUACCAGGACCAAAAGGAGAAAGGGGAGAGCUUGGUGAACCUGGCCAAUAUGGAUUACCUGGUCAUGAAGGACCACAGGGACCAAAAGGAGAACCCGGAUUCAAUCCUUUCCCGCCUUUCCCGAGAAAAGGACUCGCCGGUGAUAUAGGAGUUUCCGGAUUGCCAGGUUUCCCUGGACAACAGGGAAUGAUGGGUGAACCUGGCAAGGAUGGUUUACCUGGACGAACAGGUGAAAGAGGUAUGAUCGGUUUCUCUGGACCACAAGGACCGGACGGUAAGGAUGGACCUCCCGGAUAUCAAGGUCCUCCUGGAACAACCGGGCGACAAGGACCACCAGGUUUCCAAGGCGCACCUGGUGCACCUGCAUCGAACGGGAUUGGCCCAAGGGACAGAGGUUUCUACUUUGCUCGUCACUCGCAAACCGAAAUGAUACCGACCUGUCCGAGGAACACUGUAAAGUUAUGGGAAGGAUUUUCUUUAUUACAUACUAUGGGUAAUGGCCGACCCUAUACUCAAGAUCUCGGCACUGCUGGCAGUUGCAUCAGGAAAUUCUCUACUAUGCCCUUCCUAUUCUGCAAUUUAAACAACGUAUGCGAUUACGCCAAUCGUAACGACUAUAGCUACUGGCUUAGCACAACUGAGCCUAUGCCAAUGAGUAUGACGCCAAUACCGGCACCGGAAGUCGGUAGAUACAUAUCCAGAUGUUCCGUUUGCGAGGCACCUACAAGAGUAAUAGCUGUCCACAGUCAAUCCAUGGCGAUACCCCAGUGUCCGGGUGGCUGGAAGGAAGUCUGGGUCGGAUACAGUUUCCUCAUGCACAGAGACGCAGGCGCUGACGGCGGUGGUCAGUCCUUGGUCUCGCCUGGAUCCUGCUUGGAGGAGUUCCGCGUCAGGCCAUUCAUCGAGUGCCGCGGCCUGGGCACCUGCAACUACUUCGCCACCGCGACGUCGUACUGGCUGGCUACCAUCCGCGACGAGGAGAUGUUCCGCAAACCGCUGCAGCAGACGCUCAAGGCCGACCACACGUCCCGGGUGAGUCGCUGCGCCGUGUGCAUCCGCCAGCGCGGCAGCGAGGACGAGCCUUACCCAGGCAGGACGACGGUCCUGAAACCCUACACGUCGAACAACGAACGACCAACCAACAACGUCUACUACCCUCCGGCGCCGCCGCCUCGCUACCCUCCCGACUAUCAGCCCUUGUCAGCGCCACCCUCGUCUAGGUAUUCCAGCUACAACAGGCCACAACAGCACUUCCGCAGGAGAGGUCACGUGCGCGGCAGGCACGGCGAACGACCGAUAAAAUUGCCCGACAAUCCAUAGAUCAGCAAUGAGAAUCAAGAGAAAUCAGAUCAGUGAUGACGCAAGGGCGUAGCGAGUCUAUGUAUAUAAAGAAGCAGGAGGAAAUCUUUUUUUUAAUAUAUAUAAUUAGUUAAGUUAUAUUCCGGGCCAGGUGCUUUUAGCUGUAAAUCUUAUACCGGGUUUAAAGCAACGGAUAACGCGUAUAAAUAUUCAGGAAUAUUCUGCAGAGAAGUUCAAAAUAAAACAGACGGUCUCUUAUCUUAUAUUUAGAAAAAACGUGUCGAUUAAUAAUAAUUAAUAUUAAUAAAAAUUAAUAUUCUACUAAUAAAUUUAAAUGAAUAAAUCUCUUCAUGUAUUCCAUAUUUUUCUCUCAAAUUAAAAGUGUUAUUUUCGAGACUCCUGUUGGUACCAGGAAUUCUGGGGUCACUUAUCUCCAAACAUUCUUAUCUCAAACUCCUCUGUUGCUCUUGAGAAUUUGUCGGUGUUACUCGUUCUUAUCCUGUACGUGCAAGGUUCAUGCACCUAGUCUCUUCCUGUGUGUCCGAUAAAAAGCGCCGCCGGCAAGCCAUAUAAACUGCCUUUAACAAUGCCAAAUAAAAAAAAAAUAAAAUCCAUCGCCAUCCGGCCAUCGCAAACUGCCAAAAAUAACAUCGCGCUCGCCGUCGCGAUGUUAUUUAGAUGAGAUUACGAGAAUAUGAUAAUUAAAUUAACGUUAUGUGUACGUUGUAUCGAUAUCGUAUGACCAUAUACCGCAUUAAAUAAAGAUCUUUUUGUAUAAGCUAA